AUGGACGUCCUUCAUCGGAGCGGAGUGCUCAUGAUUCAGCAUCUGCAGAAAGACUACCGGGCUUACUACGACUUUCUAAAUUUUAUGUCCAAUGUCGGAGACCCUCGAAACAUCUUUUCUAUAUACUUCCCACUUUGGUUUCAACUGGAUCAGACUGUUGGAACCAAGAUGAUAUGGGUAGCGGUCAUAGGGGACUGGUUCAAUCUAAUAUUUAAAUGGAUACUGUUUGGACAUCGGCCUUACUGGUGGAUCCAGGAAACUCAUAUUUAUCCAAAUCACUCAAUCCCAUGUCUUGAACAGUUUCCUACUACAUGUGAAACAGGCCCAGGAAGUCCAUCUGGCCACGCAAUGGGCUCAUCGUGUGUCUGGUAUGUCAUGGUAACAGCUGCCCUAAGCUGCACUGUCGGCCGGAUGGAUAAGUCCUCUAUCGCUCUGCACAGGCUGACCUGGUCCUUCCUUUGGAGUGUUUUCUGGUUGAUUCAAAUCAGUGUCUGCAUCUCCAGAGUAUUCAUAGCAACGCAUUUCCCUCAUCAGGUCAUUCUUGGAGUGAUUGGUGGGAUGCUAGUAGCGGAGGCAUUUGAACACACUCCAGGCAUCCACAUGGCCAGCUUGACUGUGUACCUGAAGAUCAACGUCUUCCUCUUCCUAUUUGCACUUGGCUUUUAUCUGCUUCUCAGACUGCUCGGUAUUGACCUGCUGUGGUCUGUGCCCAUCGCCAAAAAGUGGUGUGCCAACCCAGACUGGAUCCACAUUGACAGCACGCCUUUUGCUGGACUCGUGAGGAACCUUGGGGUCCUCUUUGGCUUAGGUUUUGCCAUCAACUCAGAAAUGUUCCUUCUGAGCUGCCGGGGAGAAAAUGGCUGCAAGCUGAGCUUCCGGUUGCUCUGUGCUCUGACCUCACUGACCACAAUGCAACUUUAUCACUUCAUCAAGAUCCCAACUCAAGGGGAACAUUUAUUUUACCUGUUGUCUUUCUGUAAAAGCACAUCCAUUCCACUGACGGUGGUGGCUCUAAUUCCCUAUGGUAUACAUAUGCUAAUGACACCCAGGGAGAAGAAGACUAAAUAG